AUGCGCAUCCCCGGCUUUGGCCUCAGCGGGAGGGUUCCCAUUCUCCAACAUGACAAUAGCGGCGGCAAACCCCACCAGCUGGGGAUCCUCGCUUUCGAGACCGCGCGCACCAUGUCCCGCCUCGUCUCUCUCCAUCUCGCCCUCUCCGAUGCCGAGAUCACCCGCCUAUGUUGCUCCAUGAGGUCCCAAGGCGUCGCCUACCUCAACUCCGACAACCAUGGCGUCCUCCUCCGGGUCGCCUGUGCAGAGAUGAUCGACGAGCUGGACGCUGCGGCCGCCGAUAUCGCGCGGCUGUCUGGGGGUUGCCGAGCUGCCUGGCCCCAUGGGUUCCAGCGCUUUUACGCGGACAUCAAAGCUGGAAUGGGGGACACAUCGUGCCUGGGUCUAGGGUUUCAGGCUAGCGACCUGGAGAAGAAGGUGAAGAAGAUGGAGAGGUACGUGGCCUCAACGUCGGCCCUGUACUUCGCAAUGAAGGACCUGGCGGAGCUAGAAGCCGGCGAGCGGCAGCGAGCAGAGAAGUGGAACAAGUGGGCCGGCGCCGACAAGGUGGAUCCCAACUCUGACCCCAUUCGCGAGCUGAUAAACCUUCAGCAGGACCGCGUGCGUCGACUCCGGGAGCAGUCCCUCUGGACCCGAGACCUUAGGAAGGUCAACGACCUCAUGGCCCGCUUGGUCAUCUCCCUUCUGGCAAGGAUCAGCGCUGUCUUCGGAGCCGUUGUCAAGGAGCUCCCGCCCGUCACCAUGCGCCGCCAUGGCCGAGUGGAAUUCCAGCCUCGUCGUCAAGCCAGAUUUGCCCACCACCACCAUCCCAACGGCGCCGGGGGGAUCUUCUUUUCGGGGCCCCUGGUGAAGCCCGCCCAUGGGAACAUUCUCAUCAGGAAAUCAGGCUCCCUGAUCCAUUGCACCUCCAAGCAAGCAGCUGGCGCCGAGUCAUGGAAGACUCAGGCCCUAGAGCCGCCGCAUAACUCGCUGGGGGCUUCGGGCCUUGCGCUAAGGUACGCCCGGGUGGUCAUCUUCCUCGAGCAUCUGGCGAAGUCACCGGAGCUAGUGGGAAAGGAGGCACGGGAGGAGCUUUACUGGAUGCUCCCCGUGGGGAUCCGUAGCGCAGUGAGGAGGAAGCUGCAGGGCCAUUGGAAACUGGAUGACGGCAGGAACCCUCCGGGAGCGCUGGCUACCGGUUGGAAGGAGGCAGUAGAAGGCAUCCUCGAGUGGUUGGCCCCCAUUGCGAGAGACACUGAGAGGUGGCAUGAGGAGAGAAGCUUCGAGCAACAACAGCUGAGCGCAGCGCCGAGGGUGAUGAUGCUGCAGACCCUCAUGUUCUCAGACAAGGAGAAGACCGAGGUGGCCAUCGUCGAGCUCUUGGUGGCGUUCAGCUUCGUCUGCCGCUAUAAGCAGGGAGAAGAUGAGGAUGAGUACUAA